GUCUAUAAAUAUAAUGGCAAAUAGGGAAGAAAUCCUCAUCUUCCACUAUCAAAUUUCCAUCAACAAAUCCUCUUAAAGAUAUUGUUAAUUAUAAGUAAUUUAAACAAGUUUUGUGUAAUGGCAAAAUUUUGUGCCCAAGAAAAGGAAUGUUUUCGCGUUAAAUACGAACAAAUUUUGGAGAAACUAAGGAGCCUCAUCAAUCAAGAUGGGUUCGAUAGCUUGUCAUUUAUCGAUGUUGUCCAACAAUUAGCUCUCGAACACCAUUUCUCUGAAGAAAUUCGGAUAAUGUUACGUGAACAUCAUAGACACUUUUUUCAGAGAACACACAUUACGCCCGACAAUCUAUACACUGUUUGUCUUAGUUUUCGACUAUUGAGACAAGCCGGUUUUCCCAUCACUCAAGAUGUAUUCAAGUGUUUUAUGAACAAAAAUGGGAAUGAAUUCGACGAAGAUCUUCGUGAAGACAUGGAAGGUCUUCUUGCAUUGUACGAAGCUUCCCAUUUGGAUUUCGAAGGAGAGCAAAUACUCGACAAAGCCGCAACAUUUAGCGCGAGAAUUCUAUCGACAAACUCUGUAGGAAUAUUUGAAGAUCAACACGAUCAACCGGUUAAAUACACUUUGCAAAACCCGCGCCACAAGACAAUGGCGAGGCUCGUGGCCAAGAACUUCCUCGAAAAAAAUGUACCCAAAAAUGAGUGGACAAUUCUUCUACAAGACUUAGCAAGAAUGGAUCAGGCCGUGGUUGGAUCACUAUUUCACGAUGAAGUACUUCAAGUUGUGAAGUGGUGGGAUGGUCUCGAGCUAACAAAGGAAUUAGAGUCCGCGAGGGACCAACCGAAGAAAUGGCACAUGUGGUCGAUGUCCGUGCUUCAAGAUCCGACCAUGUCUUGGCACCGAAUACUACUCACAAAGCCGGUCUCCCUUGUCUACAUUGUUGAUGAUAUUUUUGACAUUUAUGGUACAAUGGAUCAACUCGAACUCUUUACAAAUGCGAUCAAAAGAUGGGAGAUUUUCGAUAGCGAAGGACUACCAAACUACAUGAAGACGUGCUUUGAAGCAAUUCAAGAAACUACACAAGAAAUAAUCGACAUAGUCUACCAAAAUCACGGAUUUGAUCCAUCGAACAUCUUAAAAAGAUCGUGGGGAGAAUUGUUCGAUGCAUUUUUAACAGAGGCGAAGUGGUUUGGGAAUGGUCAUUUGGCGAAGGCGGAUGAGUAUCUAAGCAACGGGAUUGUGAGCUCUGGAGUGCCGAUGGUUCUUACACAUCUCUUCUUCAUUCUCGGCGACAAUGUUUGGAGCGAAGAAGCUCACCGAGUUUUGAGCAAUGGAGAUCAUAACAACAUCCUAUAUUUGGUUGGAAUGAUUCUUCGCCUCUUCGAUGACUUGGGGAGCGCUCAGGACGAGCAAUGUUAUGGGAACGAUGGAUCGUACGUCGAGUGCUACAUGAAGGAUUUUGAAGUAUCAUCGCACGCGGUGGCGAAGAAACAUGUGAUGAAAAAGGUUUCGGAGACAUGGAAGAAACUCAACAAGCGCGCAUUAUCGUCGUCGUCAUCGUCAAACCCUUUCUCGGAAUCGUUCAGAAAUGCAUGUCUUAAUGUUGCAAGGAUGGUUCCUGUGAUAUAUGAUAAGGGUCGCAAGAAUGAUCUUCUUGCUCUAGCUCAAUGUUUCGAGUCAACACUUAAUGAAGAUGAAUGAAUGAUCGAUCCAUCUUCUAGCUAGUGUUAGUGUUGGUAUAUGUUGCUGAUUUUGGUAUGUUGUUUUACUGUGUGUUUAGUUUAUAUUUGAAGUCAAAAUAUUUGCUUCGGUAGUAAAAAUAUAUUUUCUGCCAUUCUAAA